AGCGCGAGCGGCGCCGUCACAAAAGGAAGUGGCGGCGGCGGGGCCGUCAGCGCGGGGAGGGGCGGGGGCGGCACCGGCACCACCGGCACCGGGAGCGGCACCGGGAGCGAGGAGGCGGCCGCGGCGGGGGCCGCGCCGCGCCAUGGCCCAGCAGCAGAUGAGCAGCUCGCAGAAGGCGCUGAUGCUGGAGCUGAAGUCGCUGCAGGAGGAGCCGGUCGAGGGCUUCCGCAUCACCCUGGUCGACGAGUCCGACCUCUACAACUGGGAGGUGGCGAUCUUCGGGCCCCCCAAUACGCUCUACGAAGGCGGGUACUUCAAGGCUCACAUUAAAUUUCCUAUCGACUAUCCUUAUUCACCACCUACCUUCAGAUUCCUGACCAAAAUGUGGCACCCCAACAUUUAUGAGAAUGGAGAUGUAUGUAUUUCAAUUCUUCACCCACCUGUAGAUGACCCACAAAGUGGAGAGCUACCAUCAGAGAGGUGGAACCCUACCCAAAAUGUCAGGACUAUCUUACUGAGUGUAAUCUCUUUGCUUAAUGAGCCCAACACAUUCUCCCCAGCCAAUGUGGACGCAUCAGUCAUGUUCAGGAAAUGGAGGGACAGUAAAGGAAAAGACAAGGAGUAUGCCGAAAUCAUAAGGAAACAGGUUUUGGCUACCAAAGCUGAGGCAGAGAAGGAUGGUGUGAAGGUCCCCACUACACUGGCAGAGUACUGCAUCAAAACUAAAGUGCCUUCCAAUGACAACAGUUCAGAUUUGCUUUAUGACGACUUGUAUGAUGACGACAUUGAUGAUGAAGAUGAGGAGGAGGAGGAUGCCGACUGUUACGAUGAUGAUGAUUCUGGCAACGAGGAGUCGUGACCUGCUCCCUCUAUGCCCCUGUACUGCCCUGCCGACUCAGGCCAGAAGGGAGCAGCGGUAACCUAGCAGCAGUCCAGCAAAAAAGUGGGGGGGGGGGGGGAAAAAACAAAAAAAAAAAAAAAACAAAACAAAAACAACCAAAAAAAAACCCAACACAAAACUUUGUCUCCUGCUGUCUCCUGUUGUAUGGAUCUGUUCGCUCCUUUUUUAUGGACCUCUUAGAGACCCUCCACAGAAUGUCUGAAUUCUUGCAUUCUUAACCCUUUCAUCACUGUAUUACAAUUUCUUUUUAAAAAAGAAACUCCCCUUUUCACUUCUCUAUGAAAUGCUCACAGCAAAACAGGUUUGCUCGUUUUUAGAUUCUUGAAUGAAAUGCAGUCUUGCAUUGAGAUGUUUUAUGUAUUUAAAGCUGGAACAAACUCAUUGGAAGCUGGGUUUUUUGGGAGCUCAAAGUGCUGCAUUUACUGGGAGGAAAAAAAAAUCCCCACGAAGCAAAUUGCCAAGGUUUAGCUGCUCCAUUUACAAUAAUAGCGUGUGUACAUUCGUUUAGCCUUGUGGUGGUGGCUUUUCCUUUAUAAGGUGUGGGGCGGAGAGUGUAAAGCUACUGUGUGUUGAGCUUGAUGGGAUGUCACUGAAAGGUACAGUAUUCCUUUUCAGCCUGCUAAGUUAGGAAAUAGCUGGCCCCUGGAGCCCCAGAGGGCACAAUCAGCUUUGUCUCUGGAAAAGGCUUGUGAUAUGAACCCUAAAAUAAACACUUAACACUUUCACAUCUGUA